AAAUCAAGCAAAACAUAUCGCUAUUUCACGUGUUCAUCGACUCACACAAUGAGCGCAAUAUAAUGUACGUUACGGCCGACGACACCGCCUAUGGGUUGGGCGCCAACAGCGACGGGUGUCUGGGUUUGGGUCACGACCGGGCCGUACAAUCGGCGCAACAAAUACCGCAAUUAUCGCUAAAACGGAUCCAGCAAUUCGCUAUCGGAGCAACAUUUGCACUGGCAUUGGAUGCCACUAACUGUAUCUAUAGUUGGGGCAAAAAUGAGCAUGGUCAGCUGGGUCGUGAUACUUUACAUGAAUCUUUACACGCGGUACCGGACAAAAUACCAUGGUCAAACCUGAUAGUUCAGCUAUGUUGCGCCGAUCACCACUCUCUGGCCCUGACCGGCAAUGGCCGGGUGUACGCCUGGGGAGACAACAGGUACGGCCAGGUCGGCCAUCACACCACUGGAACCACUGGUUAUAGCGGCAAACCCACUGCCAUAGACUUUCCCGGCGGGUGUCCGACCAUUAAAUACGUUCACUGUUUUAAUACGAGUUCAUUCGCUGUGACAGCCGAUGGCCAGGUAUUCAGUUGGGGUGACAAUCAGUAUAAUAGGUUGGGUCAUAACGUGAGCGACGAGAUUGUAUUUACACCGCGUUUGAUAUCAACGCUAACCGGUGUCCAGACAGUGGUCUCCGGCAUCCGAUUGACGUAUUUCCUCACGAGUAGUGGUUUUGUGUAUUUUUGCGGUUUUUUGUGGCAAAGAGAUGGCUUUGUCGGCGAAGCGGUUCCCAAACGUCUUCAGACCGGACUCGCCGUUCAAGACAUACAACAGUUUAAUGGAAAUAUCAAUCACCCGUACUUUGAUUUUGUCACAGUCUUAGCCGAGGGUAGGAUUUAUAAGAUCACUGAUACAAACGCAUUCGUUGACGCAAAUUAUGUUCCCGAUAUUAUAGUCAAAAGCCAUACUAUGAUUGAAUCUAUCGCUAAUGCAAUUGAAAUCAAUGGCAAUAAUACUAAAUCAAAUCCCAAUCCCUUUCGCGAUACUUAUUGA